AUGCGUAUUGUCAUCUCUGAAACCAGCGAUGCUGUCGCGGAUUACGUUGCGGAGUACGUCAUUCAGCGAAUUCAUGACUUUGCUCCCUCUAAGGAGCGGCCGUUUGUGCUAGGCCUCCCCACUGGUGAAUCUCCGAUGAAGACGUACCAGCGGCUGAUCCAGGCCUACCGCGAGGGGCGCGUCACUUUCCGCAAUGUGAUUACGUUCAACAUGGACGAGUACGUCGGACUCCCGCGAGACCAUCCGCAAAGCUACUACUACUUCAUGAAGACCAACUUCUUUGACUUUGUUGACAUUCCCGAGGAUAACCGCAACUUGCUUGACGGCAAUGUCCCGGACCUAAUCCAUGAGUGCCAGCGUUACGAGGAUAAAAUUCGGCAGGUGGGCGGCAUUCACCUAUUCCUUGCUGGUAUUGGCACUGACGGCCACGUGGCCUUCAACGAACCAGGCAGCAGCCUCAACAGCCUCACCCGUGUGAAGUCCCUCAACGACGAGACUGUUGCGUCGAACGCACGUUUUUUUGAUAAUGACAUUCGGAAGGUGCCAACAAUGGCCCUCACGGUUGGCAUUAGGACAGUGCUGCAGGCGCAGAGUGUUCUUGUGAUUGCGACGGGAGUAAAGAAGGCGGUGGCUGUGGCGCACUUCGUGGAGGGCCACGUCAGCCACUCCCACCCCAUCACUGCCCUGCAGUGGCACCGCUCUGCUAUCCUUUGUCUUGACAGAGACGCGACGAUGGAACUGAAGGUCAAGACAGUCAAUUACUUUGAGGGACUUCUGAAGCGCGAGGAUGAACUCCGUCGGCGCCAGGAACGGGCCGUGCUGACGUUGGCAAAGAUGUAG